AUGGGGAGGGGCGAGGGAGCAGCAGGUGGGGCGGCCCACGCCGCGCCGCGCUCCCCUCCCCCGCCCCGCCGCCAGCCCGCCCUCCCCGACCGGGGGCUCGCCUCCUCCCACCCGCAACCCCCCGCAGAGCGUCGCUGGGCUUUGUUUGCCUCGGGUGGCCGCGGCGUGGGGCCGGUGGGGUCGGCCCGCCUGGCGCUCCGGUCUCGGCCAUCUAACUUGCUGCUUGCGGGAAAAGCCCCGCCAGGAUCGAAACUCGAAGGGUCUAAAUGCAAAGGGCAGCUUUUGAUUUUUGGGGCAACAAACUGGGACUUGAUUGGACGGAAGGAAGUGCCUAAGCAGCAAGCUGCUUAUCGCAACCUUGGUCAGAAUUUGUGGGGGCCCCAUAGGUAUGGGUGCUUGUCGGGAGUCCGGGUGCGGACCGUGGUUUCGGGUUCAUGUGCUGCCCACAGCCUCCUCAUCACCACAGAAGGGAAGCUGUGGAGCUGGGGUCGGAAUGAAAAGGGGCAGCUGGGCCACGGUGAUACCAAGAGGGUUGAAGCCCCUAGACUCAUUGAGGCACUCAGUCACGAGGCAAUCGUGCUGGCAGCAUGUGGGCGCAACCAUACCCUGGCGCUGACAGACACUGGCUCCGUGUUUGCCUUUGGAGAGAAUAAGAUGGGACAACUGGGCCUUGGGAACCAGACAGAUGCUGUCCCGAGCCCUGCUCAGAUCAUGUACAAUGGGCAGCCAAUUACCAAGAUGGCCUGCGGGGCUGAAUUCAGCAUGCUGAUGGACUGUAAAGGCAACCUCUAUUCCUUUGGGUGCCCUGAAUAUGGCCAGCUGGGACACAACUCAGAUGGGAAAUUCAUCGCCCGGGCACAGCGGAUAGAGUAUGACUGUGAGCUGGUACCCCGGCGGGUGGCCAUCUUCAUUGAGAAGACCAAGGACGGGCAGAUCUUGCCUGUCCCAAAUGUGGUAGUUCGAGAUGUAGCCUGUGGUGCUAACCACACACUGGUCCUGGACUCACAGAAGCGAGUCUUCUCCUGGGGUUUUGGUGGCUACGGCCGACUGGGCCAUGCAGAGCAGAAGGAUGAGAUGGUGCCUCGCCUGGUGAAGCUGUUUGACUUUCCAGGGCGUGGUGCGACCCAGAUCUACGCUGGCUAUACCUGCUCCUUUGCCGUCAGUGAAGUGGGUGGCCUGUUUUUCUGGGGGGCCACCAAUACAUCCCGUGAGUCUACUAUGUACCCGAAAGCAGUGCAGGACCUCUGUGGCUGGCGGAUCCGGAGCCUCGCGUGUGGGAAGAGCAGCAUCAUUGUGGCGGCUGAUGAGAGCACCAUCAGUUGGGGUCCGUCGCCAACCUUCGGGGAACUGGGAUAUGGGGACCACAAGCCCAAAUCUUCCACUGCAGCUCAGGAGGUGAAGACCCUGGAUGGCAUCUUCUCAGAACAGGUGGCCAUGGGCUAUUCACACUCCUUGGUGAUAGCACGAGAUGAGAGCGAGGCUGAGAAAGAGAAGCUCAAGCGGCUGCCCGAGUACACCCCACGUACCCUCUGAGGCAGGGUGGCACUCCCCUCGUGGCAGCUGUCAUUUA